AUGGCGGAGGGGUGGUCGCGAGUGCGUUGUCGCGCACCAGGUGCAGGAGAGGCGUCACUGCCGCAAGAUGCCGGGACAGAUGCUGGGACAGAUGCUGGGAUGGUACCAUCUGGGAGGACGCGCCUGAAGAGAGAGUUGAAGGCCCUGUUGGGGGACCAGGCUAGGGCAGCCUGUGACUCUGGGAGACAGGGAAGAAGAGAGUCGGCAGAGGUUCCCAAAGAAAGCAGUGAACUGAUUGACAGCGAUGGAGGAGACGGUUUUGGUCUAGGAGUCUUUGGGAGAAGUAUGGGGAAUGCAUUACAGAAUAUGCCGGAAAGAUUUCGAGAAGACGUGAAAAAGGUUCUUCGUGCAAGGAGAAAACAAUUCGUGACAGAAACCAAUGCUGUCCUCAGAGCCAUUAACCAGAAACUUGGGAAUGCCGUGAAAAAACGGCAAGAGCAGAGGCUGAAGUUUUACCGUGAAUAUCACGAGAAGUUUCUGACUUUGUUUUGGGAGUGGCAUGGAGCUGCGCAGAAAACCAAGAAAGAAGAAGAAAAACUGAUUAUUUUGUUCCACAAGCAACAAGAUCUUUUUCGAAAAGCUAAAACUGUUCAGAGCCAGAGACUGAAAAAAAUUAAAAACUUACAUGACCAGUUCUUAAAGGAUGUGCGGGCCUUUGAGGAGAAUCAGAACUAUCUUGAUGCCUGUGAAGGAAAAGAAUUUAGACAAGAAAUGGCCGCAUUGGCGAGGAAAAUCAUGGUGGAUGUUCAACGGCAAGAACUGGCAAAUAUUCGAGCGGCUGUCCAGUGCCUGCUAUUAUGA